AUGCCGACUCCUCCUAACUUCUCAGAAGGCUCUCAUAACCUCCUAGCCGCGUCGAUCUGCCGUCGCUGGCGACGUCUCGCUCGGAGUCAUGUCUCAGCGCUCUGCGUCAAACAAGAACGCGUCGUUUCUCGCAAGGAUGUGCUGAACGCGGUCGCUUGCUUCCCAAAGCUGACCUAUCUGCAUCUCAGCGAUGGCAGCGUCGAGACUCUUGACGAUUACUUCCUUGCCCAGCUCGCCUCGUCGUGCCCGCAUUUGACAGCAUUUCAUGUGGGGGAGUCAAUAGCUCAGGACAGGGACCCGCACUGGAGGGAGACCGGCGAGCGUCUGUUAACCGAAGCAGGCCUGGAUGAUUUCUUCCGUCACUGCACUGGGUUGGAGGAGCUGUCUCUCUGCUGUUUCCGCGGAAAUGACACGCUACCAGCCUCCCUGUUCAAGCUACCGCGCUUGCGAGUUCUUCUCCUCAACACUGACGUCAUCCUGCAGCAUCCAGAACUGAAGAGCUUGACGUCGCUCACCGCUCUCUCUAUCGAAACCUCAAACGUGGAUUUUCAACAGCUUUCCAGCCUCCUCCACCUUACACGCCUCACGAAGCUCUCCUUGCCCAGAAACGUUCGGGUAACCCGUGAAGGUCUGCAGGCCUUCACGUUCUCGCUGCUGCCUUCCCUCGAGUCGCUGAAGGUUGGAUUCAACGAGGCUCAAGAUUUUGGCAGUCUUUCAGCGUUGAAGACAUUGGUGCUGCAUUCGCUGCCGCUGUAUGGUCUUCCUGCCUCCUUCUGCCAGCUGUCCUCGCUGGAGACAUUACUCCUGAUUGACUGCAAGCACUUGGACUGCUUACCCGAGGGCUUCGGCUGCCUCAUAUCACUCAAGUACCUGAGCUUGGUGGAUUGUCCGCAGCUGGAGCUUCCAAAAGACAUCGGGGAGCUGAUCAACCUCCACACUCUCUUCUUAAAGGGUAGCAGCGCUAAUCGGCCGCUCCCACCUUCAUUUACGCAGCUGGCUUCCCUGAUCAGGCUGGAGCUGGACAAUUGCCUUAUAGUUGAGCUUCCAGAAGGGCUGAAUCAGUUGAGAAACCUGCAACAGCUGUACGUUCAGAGCUGUCCGAGUCUCAAGAAGCUUCCGGAAUUUGUCACGGGCUUGAUAAGCCUUCGCAUUUUGAGUAUUGAUAAGUGCAGCGGGCUCCGUACAGUGCCAAUGAGUUUGGACAGCCUUACCAGGUUGAAGCAGUUGGAGCUGACUGGGUGUGAGCAGCUGAAAGAAUCUCCAAAAUUCCUGCCACUCACUCUCGAGGUGCUAAGUCUGGGUAAUUAUGAGAAGCCCACGGCUCUGCCAGGUAUGUCAGGGCUUACAAACCUCAGGAAGCCGUGCUUGCGUACCAUCGAGGCAGGAUGCUGGCUGCCCAUUAGCAAUGGUCUUUCUAGCCUAGAAGACUUGAGUCUCAUCAUGGCUGACAAUGCAGAGGAGCUUUUGAUUUCAUUGGCGGGUCCUUCACGCCUCCGUACGCUGAACAUUGGUUCUGCUCGAAACCUGAGGAGGCUUCCAGAUUUGUCACCUUUACAGGAUCUACGGCAGCUGGGCAUAGACAUGGCUGAAGAGCUGACAGAGCUGCCAGCGACCAUCACAAGCCUGCAGCAUCUGACAUCCAUUGAUAUUUAUGCACCCAAGUUGACUUAUCUUCCAGAGGGCAUCGGGGCCUUAUCCAGGCUGCGCAAGCUAAGCCUUACCAACUGUUUUUCCAUCACGCGUCUCCCCCCUUCUCUCAGCCAGCUCUCCUGCCUUCACUACCUGAAACUGAACAACGUCUUCAUCUCCUCCCUUCCUAAGAACUUUGGUCAGCUCACCAGACUCAAGGACCUCUGCCUUCUUGGUUGCAUGAAGCUGGGAGCUCUCCCUGAGGAUUUAGCAGAGCUCAAGCUGCUUGGUUGCCUAGAUACUGAAGGGUGUUACAAGCUAUAUGGUCCCAUGCAGUUGGAGAUGGAAGAAGAUUGGUAA